CUGUGGGACGCGCUGACCGCUGCCGGCGCGACGCCCUGCGGCCUCGGCGCCCGCGACGUGCUCCGCCUUGAGGCGGGCCUCCGGCUGCACGGCUCCGACAUGGACCUUUCAACGACGCCCCUCGAAGCUGCCCUCGAGCGCUUCGUCAACAUGGACAAGGGACUCUUCCACGGACACGACGCCCUGGAGCUGCAGGAGGAGGACGGCCUUCGACGGCGGCUCGCCGGCUUCCGUCUGCUCGGCGGCGGCGUUCCACGGCACGGCUCAGCCAUCCUUAAAUCGGGCGAACCCAUAGGUGAGGUAACCAGUGGCACAUAUUCGCCGAUUCUUGACACUGGUAUAGCUAUGGGCUAUGUUUCAGCCGACCAAACAGGGCCCGGCCAAACGGUCCACAUCGACCUUCGUGGGCGGCUCGUGGAGGCGGAAGUGACGGAGCUUCCCUUCUACCGGCGUCCAAAAUCCUAG